GGUUUCCACUUCCGGUGCCAACAGCUGCUGAAACUGAGCUUAAGAUGAACAUAUAAAUAAUUACGUUCUUUUAGCACUAUCAAAUUUCGACAUGUUCUCGAAAUUUUCAAGUAUUAUCCAACAUGCCGUGGAUGCAUUGGCGCCCCAGCUAUCACUGCAGGAGGAGUUUGUUCAUCACUGGAAAGCCAUCACAUCAUUCUUCAUAGAUAACAAGGGAGAGAAGAUUCCUGUGGAGCAGACGAAUCUGGGCGCACACGUGGAGCAGAUGUUGGUCCUGUUACAGCGUGAGGCAGAGGGAGGGGAUGGGGGAUCGUACGGGCCGUGUCUGGAGUACCUCCUACAGCACAAACUGCUUGAUACACUCUACUCCCUCGGCAGGACAGAUUACCCACCCGGCAUGAAGCAGAUAGUGCUGUCAUUUUUCACCCGUCUUCUGUCACGAGUCAGACAGCCCCUCCUGGCCCAUGUGAACGUGUAUAGGGCUGUCCAGCGGUUGAUCAAGACUUGUGGGGAGGUAAAAGCAGGUCCGACAGAGAUUGAGGAGAUACAGUUCCUGUGUACUGUGUGUGCCAAAAUCAAGGCUGAUCCCUACCUAGUCAACUUCUUCCUUGAGGCUCCAAAGUCCACCAGCUCUGUAAGCAGCCCUCCUGGGGAGGGUUUGAACUCGGAGGACAAGCUACAACAGGACUUCCCGCUAGUUAAAACACUGUUGGCACUCUCAAAUAGCGAGGACAGUCGCGUAGCAGUGAAGGCGUGUGAGGGGUUGAUGCUGUGUUCUAGCCUGCCGGACCCAGUAGCCGCCCACUGUCUGUUGAACAGCACCCAGUUCUGUCACGAUCUCACCCGUCGCCUUAUAAAUACCUACCGCAGACUACCGUCACAGGUCAACCCCAUUGACCUGGAACAUGUCCAGGCAAAAUGGGGUCUUGAGGUUGUCACCCAGAGAGAAGAUGAGGGAGCGUUUCCAGGACGACGUCAGCUGGUAUCGUUCCUCUCCUGGCUCGACUAUCUCGACCAGCUUUCCUCCAUAGCCAACCCCAUUGUGGCUGAGGCCCUGGCGCGCAAUAUACACCAACAUUUUCUUACAACCAUGUUCAAACCGGACCUCAUGCAGAUGUCGGAGACAGGUUGUAUCACAGCUACGGCGUACAUGAACAGAUGUCUACGCACCGUCUGCUCUCAGCGACUUCUGUCUGAGUUGGUGCUGUUUUUGCUUGGUGAUGAUCGUAAACCAGAAACACCGGCCGACUCUGGCGAUUCCUUAUGUGCCCGCCUUAUACAGCGCUGUUCCGGCGUCUCAGAAGAGAUGUCUCUAGUCACCCUACAGCUGUUUGACACCCUCCUACAGAAAGACGAUGAGCAUAUUGUCCACAAUCUAGUGCUUCGUAACCUUGAGGCUAGAGCCUACUAUAACCCACCAGCCAAAACCAAGUCUUCCCGUAUUACUGACACAAAAUCUUCCACUCAGUGCCAAAACAAUAUUGUGAUAGACAGUUCUAACAAUAAUGUUUGUCAGUCUUCCACUGUGGAAUAUGAUACAGAUUCCAAAUCAGAUUCUAAAAAUCAUAACAGCCCCUCUGAGUCUCAAAAAACAACAGAAUCUCUAAGUGAUAAGUGUUCAGAAAUCCAGGAGCCAGAUAGAACUGAUAAAAGUUGUCUCAAUGAGGAUACAGACAAAGGUGAUGAUAAGCCUAGGGAUGGUCUUAACGAGUCUAUGGAAGGUGAUGCUCCAGAUAUAGAACAGAAAGUGGGAAUUCCAGGAAUUGAGAUAUCCCCAUUUUCCACACCUCAGCAUGUAAAAACAGAAGUUCACAAGGUUGUCAAUAGUUUCCUGACCCUUUUGCCGGAGGAGCUCAAGUCCAGUUACCAGACGGCAGACAGUGGCUAUGACAUGUACCUCAAAGAUGCUAACAAACAGUUCUCUGCAAUGUUGGAGAGCUGCAAGUCCUGGGGCUACCCUGCCGACCCUACAUGUACACCCAGUGAUGGGGCCCAGAGUGCCCAGUUUUACGAGGGCGCCUUCCUCAAGAUGGUUCUAGACCGCCUCACCCACCUUUUAGAUCAGAGUUACCCGAUCAACCUUCAGUUGACAUCAGUUAUAUCUAGGCUGGCAUUGGUUCCCCAUCCAUGUCUUCACGAGUUCCUCCUGGACCCCUUUCUGUCCAUGCAGCCGGGAACCAGAAACCUAUACACUGUCUUCCUAAAGAUUUCCAACGAGAUUAAAGCCCAGUUUUCUUCUGAGCCUAAUCUUGGCAUGCAUUUGGUCCGAGUUCGUAAAAAGCUCAUGGGAACUGGCUCGACAUUACAAAAACUAAGAGACAUGGCCUUACCAGGUACAGUUAGGGUUGAUAGUGAGAGCAGACUGGAGGCUAUUAUCGUAUUUGAAGAGUUCUGUAAGGAGCUGUCAGCCAUCGCCUUCGUGAAACACCAUGCUGCCGUGACACAGGACAAGUAGAUGAUGAUGAAGAUGAUGAUGAUGAUAAUGAUGAUGAUGAUGAUGAUGAUGAUGAUGAUGAUGAUGAUAUUUAAACCAAUGUGUGAUUUUGAGCUAUUUAUAUCAUUAUCAUGCUUUUUAGUGGAUUUACAGUUUAUUAUAUCAUAAUAAACUCAAAAUUUGAAACAGUGAAACUUUCAAAAGUUUGAAUAUUCAAAUAAUUCCACUGCAACAAAAACAAUGUAAAUGUGCUUAGUGCUCCAACUCAAAUUACAUCAGUUCUGUUACAUUAAUGAGAUUUGUUGCCUUGCUUUCAACACUUAUAUAAUAUUACUUUUGGUGAAUAUACAUGUACACUGAGUGCUUACCCUUCAUAACAAAAUAAUUAUGAACUUUGAAAACAUUUUUAUGAAUAAUUAUUUAAACAUUUUGCUACCGUAAUUCCAAUUUUUAACAAUGUGUUAUAGAUAGGCACAGUCAUGUUCAGGGUAAAAGCAUAAUUUCUUUAUAAGGAAUAUGUUGUAUUAAUUUUUAUUUUUGAUAUUUGUGUUGAUAACAAUGUUUUGUAAAGUGGCCGUCAGUGCUUGUAUGAUAAAAAAAAACACUGCCAGAAAAGCACACAUACAUUUUAAAGUUGUUAUGGAUUUUCAUGAUAAGGCAACAGAAAAUAGUUUGUUUCGUGUUCCCUUCCCACAUUUUAAAGUGUGCGAAUAAAGGCCUUUUUUUACUUUCUUACUUCUUAAUACCGAUAUGAAAAACAUAAAAAUAAUAUAUAACCAUGAGGCAUCAGAGGAGAGGCAAAGCAUAUUAUGAGUCGCAAGUAUUAUAAUAUUGUGAGUUUGUCGGGUAACACGAAACAAACUUAUUAUUAAUCAUGACCUAAUGAUGAGGGAUGUUUUUUAUGUUUGAUAUUUAAUUUUAUGUUAAACCUUAUUGAUGUGCCAAACAAGUUUGUUAUGCAAUAUAUUGUUGCCAUUUUUGAGACUGUAUCAUGUUAUGCCGGUGGUACGUCCAUGAAAUACUGGCCCCAAUUUCUAGAAAAAUUUUCAGUGUAGAACACUUAUAGGGUUUAAGCCAGGUUUUACGAGAACAGGGUGCUGCAAAAGAGGUAAUGGGUUAAGGUGAAGAUUUUAAACAUUAUGAAGUUGACUAAAAUUGGUAGGAAGGUGUUUAAUAGGAGAACUACAACUGCCAAUGUAGAGUUUGUAUGUACCGGGUACCAUUUAUAAUGAUAGAAAUUUGAGGGCAGAAGGUUGCUUCCAGAAAACAGACAUGGUGCAGAACCCUUCCAUAACUCUUUAGCUUGCAGGCUACACAUAAGAAGUAUAUUUCAAUUAGCUGUUUUAACUUGAUUUUACAAAAUAAAAAUAUGUAUAUUGUGUUAAUACAAAGUUUAGUUUUCUUUAAAUGUCUCUGAACUCUUUAAAAGAAAAAAAUACCGAAAAACAAAUAAUGAUGUGUUUGAUCCUGUAAUAAGGGACUCGAGAUUGUUCGAGAAAUUGGGGACAGAACAUGAUGAAUCUGUCUCGAGUCAAUAUCUUGUUAUUGAUGAAAUAUUCGUUUUUUUAUUGGCUGAUUGUUCAGAACUUUGUUGUUAAAAUAAUUAUGCACAGUGAUGAACGACAUUGUUAUUAACUUUUAAACAUGGAAUACUUUAUGGUGUGCUUGCAUAUUUAGAUAUUAACAAGUUCAGCUCAAACAGUUCUCUCACAUAUUGUUAGAAAUAUAGCAGAUUACCAAUGUAUCCAUUAAACUUACAGAACAGUAACUAUUUGAAAGUUAACGAAGAUCCAAUUAUCAACAUUGUUAACGGUAACAAAGUUCUGAUCAAUGGGCCGAUUAUGAUUGGUUAAUUAAUUUAAUAUUGUAACAGUAUUAAUUGAUGUUAUUAAAAUCAUAAUGCUAUACAUGUACUAUAUUUGACUGGUUAUAAAACACACUUUUGUCCCUCAGAUUUUGAUGUAAAAAAAAAUGCCUGCGUCUUACAAACAGUAUCAAGCUUUUGACAUUUUUUUCUGAGGUCAAUUUCAGGCCGAAAUUGGCUCUUCAGAGAAAUUAGCUAAAGAACUUCAGCGAACAAGUUAUAUAUCACAAGUUUUUUUCUUGAGUUUUUCACGGAUUUUUUUGCCUGCGUCUUAUAACCAGUCAUUGACGGUAUGCUAUAAACAUGUGCUUGUUAAGGAUUGUUUGUGUUUUUUUAAGUAAAUCCAAUAUAUAUUAUAUCCAAUGGCCUAUUUAUAUGGGUUUUCUGUGAUAUUGACAAAAAUCAUCGAUGGCAUUUAUUUUGCUUAGCUUAUAAUAGUACCUGUACGUACAAUUAUGCUAUGUAUGUUUGACCAUUAUAUGUGUAUACUGAUGUAUUAUGCCCAAAUGAAAGUGAAUUACAAGAUGCAUUGAACUUAAUUAAGUAUUGGUUAUGACAAUAAAUUGAAUUCUGAUCAAUUAUGUUAAUUGAAUUUUACCUCUAGUCAAAGUUUAUAAUUUUGUGAAUGAAUCUGCAUAAUUAUUUAAAAUUGAAUAAAAUCAUGAAUCUCA